AUGAUGUCAUUGAUUAUAUAAUUAAUUUAUUUAUUAAAAUUGGAUCCAUAAGUACCCAAAGUUAUGCCUCUAGCCUGGUAAAUCAUAAAAAGUCAUUUAAAAAAGACACAAAACAAAGAUUUAUCGGCUAUCGAUAAGUUGAAAAAGUGAUUCUUCGGCGAAUAUCAUUGUGAACAGCCGCUGGUCGAAGCGAGACACAUUUGGUUCAGCGCGCCCACAACGUAAACAUCGUUCGGUUGCUGCCCGGCACUAUAUUUGUUGCUUAUUUAUCAUUUUAAGCGUAAACACUUGUAAAUUGUAUUAGCUAACGAUGUCUGACGUAUAUAUCGUGUCCGCAGCGCGUACGCCAAUUGGCAGCUUCAAUGGUACACUUUCUAAAUUGAAGGCUUCCGAUUUGGGCAGCGUGGUCAUUAAGGAGGUGUUGAAGCGCGCCCAUGUCGAGGCGCCACAAGUGAACGAAGUUAUUAUGGGUCAGGCAUUGACUGCAGGCCAAGGCCAGAAUCCCGCUCGCCAAGCCUCUCUCAAGGCAGGUUUACCUAUUGAGGUGCCCGCGUAUGGAAUCAAUGUGCUUUGCGGAUCGGGUUUAAAAACUGUGGUGCUGGGCUAUCAGGCGAUACGUUCGGGCGAUGCUAAGAUUGUUAUUGCCGGCGGCCAGGAGAGUAUGUCCCUUGCUCCACAUGUUAUGCAUCUACGCCAGGGCAUCAAAAUGGGCUCUGGAAUGCUGCUGGAUACCAUGGUGAACGAUGGCCUGACCGAUGCAAUGGAUCAAAUACAUAUGGGUAUCACUGCUGAGAACCUGGCGGAAAAGUACCAAAUAAGUCGCGAGGCUCAGGAUGCUCAGGCAUUGCAGUCGCAGCUGCUCGCCGAGCAGGCCCAGAAGCAGGGCUAUUUUGAUGCUGAGAUCGUGCCUGUUGAGAUCAAGGAUCGCAAGGGCACACAGAUAUUUAGCAAAGAUGAAUACAUCAAACCGGGCAGCACUUUGGAGGGCUUGCAAAAGCUGCGACCCGCCUUCAAGGAGGGAGGCACCGUCACGCCUGGUAAUGCAUCGGGUGUCAACGAUUCAGCUGCAGCUGUGCUGCUCAUGUCCGGCGAAGAGGUUAACAAACGUGGUCUUAAGCCUCUUGCUAAAAUUGUGGGCUGGACUCAGAGCGGUAUUGAGCCCAAUGUCAUGGGCCUCGGUCCAGUGACUGCGGUAGAGUCAUUGCUAACAAAAAUUGGCUGGACUCGAGAUGAUGUGGAUCUGUACGAGCUGAACGAGGCAUUUGCUGCUCAGGCUCUAGCCGUGCUGAAGUGCCUCAAGUUGGAUGAGAAAAAAGUUAAUGUGCAUGGCGGCGCCAUUGCGCUAGGCCAUCCCAUUGGUGCCUCGGGCGCACGUGUCUUAGUGACCUUGCUGUAUGCCCUAGAGCGAACAGGCGGACGACGUGGCAUCGCCUCCCUGUGCAUUGGUGGUGGCAUGGGCAUUGCCCUGGCCGUAGAGCGAAUAUUUUAAAUUAUGCUGUAUUUAGUCAAUGAGCUCCACCUAAUUAUUGUUUCCAUUGUUGCCUUUGCUGUACGGUUUCCAGUUGAGUAUUUAUAAUAUAUUUUCAUUUUUUUCGGUAUU